AUGGUGUACAUUCGUCAAGACCGGCUUCCCAAGCUCAAGGAGUACAAGUACUCGGGCGUCGACCACAGCUUGCUGUCGCGCUAUGUGUUAAAGCCGUUCUACACGCACGUCGUCAUCAAUUGUUUUCCCAUGUCCAUGGCGCCGAAUCUCAUUACCCUGAGCGGUUUCAGUUUUGUCAUUAUGAAUCUGUUGACGAUGUUUUACUACACGCCCGGUAUGGACCAAGACUGCCCGUCUUGGGUGUACUACUCUUGGGCCAUCGGUCUUUUUACAUAUCAGACUUUUGAUGCCGUCGAUGGUAGUCAAGCACGAAGGACUAGACAAAGUGGUCCCCUCGGCGAACUUUUCGACCACGGUGUUGAUGCUCUGAACACAUCCCUGGAAGUCCUCAUCUUCUCAGCCGCCAUGAACCUAGGUCAGGGCUGGAAGACCGUCCUGAUUCUCUUUGCCUCCCUCCUGACAUUCUACGUGCAAACCUGGGACGAAUACCACACCCACACUCUGACCCUAGGAAUCGUCUCGGGCCCUGUCGAAGGCAUCGUCACCCUCUGCAUCGUCUACGCCUUCACCGGCUACGUUGGCGGCGGCAGCUUCUGGCACCAAUCCAUGUUUGCUUCCAUCGGCAUGCCUCGCUUUGCUUUCAUCCCCGCCAUCAUCUACGAUCUUCCCUGGACGGAUUGGUACAUGGUUUACGGCAGUGUUGUGCUGAUCUUCAACACCAUUCUGAGCGCCAUGAACGUCAUGGCUGCCCGUCGUCUUCGCAAGGAAAAUCCCAUCACUGCUCUUUACGGUCUGGCUCCUUUCUUCCUCACCUGGACUGUCAUCCCCAUCUACCUCUUCCUUCAACCCGUCAUUCUCCGCCAACACCUUGUACCUUUUGUCUUUUUCGUUGGUAUCGUCAACGCAUACUCGGUUGGCCAAAUGAUCGUCACUCACCUGACCAAGUCGCGUUUCCCUAUGACCAACGUGUUGGUGCUGCCUCUGGCUUUCGGCGUAAUCGACAGUCUUGGUCCUUUCCUGCACGACCAUAUCGGUGUCGGAUGGCCCAGCGCUCUGGGUGAUGGACAAUAUCAGAUCGCCUUCAUGUUCUCUUGCUUGGGUCUGGCUAUCGGUGUUUACGGCAGUUUCGUCGUUGAUGUCAUUGUCACCAUCUGCGAUUACCUGGACAUCUGGUGCUUGACUAUUAAGCACCCUUAUGUCGAGAAGAAGGAGCUUUGA